AUGAGUAUCACGCGAUCUCAUACCACAAGUAGACCUAGCAAUGAGCAUAGUACCACUUCGGCUUACCUCGAGACUCCAUGUCUGUCAGGCGAAAUUUCCCUGAUACAUCAUACUUGCAAAUUCAGUUGUUUACAACUUCCUCCAAUCACCUCACCGUCAGUUCAGCUAUCAAUAGUUGCAGUCAUUUGUCUACUAUGUCCUGGUAUGUUCAAUGCUCUCAAUGGGCUUGGGGGAGCUGGAUUAGUGGCCCCUGGCCCGGCAAAUGAGUCGAAUAUCGCACUUUACGCUUGUUUUGCAAUUAUAGGGUUCUUCGCCGGCUUCAUAGUCAAUAUAGCUGGGCUCAGGGCAUCACUAUUUAUUGGUGGCAUAUCAUAUGUGGUUUACGGCGGUAGCUUUCUCGCUUAUAAACACAUCGAAAAUCGAGGCUUCUUGAUCUUUGGGGGGGCAUUUUUAGGGGUAUGCGCAGGGCCCUUCUGGGCAGCGCAAGGGGCUAUGUUAAUAUCUUAUCCCUCUGAUGAUCAGAAAGGGCGCUCAACCUCUUGGUUCUGGGCUAUCUAUAAUAGUGGUGCUGCAAUAGGAAGUCUUGUUACUCUUUGUCAAGAGCUUCAAACAAGCGCUGGCAAUGUUGCUUCCGACAAUACAUACGUUACUAUCAUUGCUCUAAUGUUCGCUGGGGCGAUAUUGUCUCUUUGUCUGUGCCAACCCAAGAAUGUCAAAAGGAAGGAUGGAACUCGCGUUCACGUCACAGUAACAGUGGAAACAGACUGGCGAAACGAAGCAAUACAUUUUUGCAAAUUAAUCCGCAAAGACUAUUUUAUUGUCCUAUUAUUUCCCAUGUUUCUCACUUCGAACUGGUGUUAUCCAUAUCAAUUCAACACAUUCAACCUUAAAACAUUCAAUAUCCGCACCAGAGCUCUCAACAACUUUCUUUACUGGCUAUCAGAGAUUCUAGGUGCGCUAGUUGUGGGCCAUACCUUGGAUAACGAUCGUUUGAGCCGAUCUGUUCGGGCAAAAGGACUUGUUACUGGACUUGUACUUCUAACUUUUGGAAUCUGGACAGGUGGAUACACGUGGCAAAAGGGGCAUUAUUAUCAAACAGGAAUUGCCGCUGAGGAUCAGAAGAUGGACUUUGAUGAUGCACAUUAUCUUGGACCUAUGUUCUUGUACGUAGCUUAUGGAAUUUUCAAUGCUAUCUGGCAGAACUGUGUAUAUUGGAUCUUGGGGAAAUUUACGAGCGAUACUCGAAAGGCGUCGAUCUAUAUUGGUUUCUACAAAGGUAUCCAGUCUGCGGGUGGUGCUAUCAGUUACCGCAUAAACAAUUCAAACAUUUCUGCGAUGAAUGAAUUUUUGAUUUGCUGGGUCCUUCUUGCUGUUUCACUUGUUAUCGCAGCACCGGUCAUCAUUUAUAAAAUACGCAACGAGACAAACGAGGAAGAUAUCGCUAGAGAAGAAACAGCUACAGAGACUGGACCUGCAGGGAUUGAUGAAGAGAAACCAAAAGCUAGAAAUGAUUCAACUCGAAGAGCCGAAACGAAGCUCCUAUAG